CCAUUUAAAGCUUUGGGCUGUGUGUGAAUCGUUAGACAUCCUUUAGUUCAGUUCCUUCUCAUGAGGUCCAUUCUAUAGGAUUUGUUACUACAAAAGGAGCCGAAAUGGAACCGAUUUCUGACUGUCUUUGCAGGUACAAAGACUAUGUGUUUGAAAUUGGAAUCACAACUGCUGACUACAUUGAUUCACUGCAACAUUUUGAGAUUCGGGACAGUGACAUCUUCCUUGUAACCUAUCCCAAGUCAGGCACAGUAUGGACUCAACAGAUCCUGGCUUCAAUUUGCGAUUCGGAUUGUCAGGACACUAGGCUUGGUUCAAACAACAUGGAGAAAAUCCCAUGGAUAGAGUACUGUGCCAUGAUGUACUGCCCAGACCAUGCUCUGCGACCAUCUCCACGCCUCUUCACUUCCCACCUCACACCAGCUCUGAUACCACCAGGUCUGAAGAACAGCAAGGCAAAGAUUGUCUAUAUCAUGCGAAACCCAAAGGACAAUGUGGUUUCAUAUUAUCACUUCUGCCAUGUUUGGGAAAAAUUGGAAACCCCAAAGAGUUUUGAUGAGUUCCUGCAGCAAUAUUUAGCUGGUGAUGUCGAAGGUGCAUCCUGGUUUGAUCAUGUGAGAGAGUGGUACUCACAGAGAGAUCAAUACAACAUCCUUUUCCUCACAUAUGAAGAAAUGAAAAUGGACCUGAAGUCUGCCAUCCAGAAGAUUAGCAACUUCCUGGAGAAAGACCUGGAUGAAGCAGCUAUUGCCAAGGUUGUUGAGAAGGCCACAUUCAAGAAUAUGAAGAAAGACCCAAGGGCAAAUUAUGAAUUCCUGUCUGAUGACUUGCUCAACAAGCAAAAUGGUGGCUUCCUGCGUAAAGGUACCAUCGGUGACUGGAAGAACACCUUCACAGUGGCUCAGAGCGAGAUGUUCGACCGCAUUUACCAGGAGAGAAUGGGCCAUCUGUCGCUGAAGUUCAUCUGGGAAAUGAAUGGGCAGCCAAAAUAAGAGAGACAGAUCUUUUCCAGAAGUGAAAAAUGUUAACAAUAUUUCAUCAUGUAAAGGCCAGUUCAAACCAAAGAUUUGCGACCAGCUGCAACUACUUUAAACCAGCAGCUUGCUGCAACAAAGUGUUCUAACCAGGGGGACGUCUUUCAACAGCACCAAUGUUUCCAUAACAAUGCUUUUGUUACACCACUCGUUGUAGCCAGAUAUCAAUUAGCUAGCUGGUUAACCAACUAACUUACUAGCCAACAGUCUGACGAAUUACAUUUGUUUUUGUGACUUUGUUAGCGUAUGCUUUCUGACUGGUGUUGUACAGACACUGGUGUUGUUCAAACCGAGUUAAAGGGAAACUUUUGUAUUUUUUAACCUGGGCUCUAUUUCUAGGACAAAUAACGAAGUCAGUCAUUCACAUAUCACUCCCGCUACACGCCACAUAGCCCCCACCCACCAGGAGCGUCUUAAACUCGUCAGUCCCCUCGACCCAUGCCUGCAGCUGUCUUGCUGUGUCUUGUUUUGCGCUAGCUUCAUCAUGUUAAGCUGUUUUAGGAAACUUCUGGACUCGCUAGUUUUUCAUCAUACACAUCCUUGCCAAUGCUAUUUGUGAAACAAUGAGACGUAUCCUAUAACCUUAGCGGUGUCAUCCCUUUCUCAUUUGUAUUUUUUUUUCGGAUGCCCAAACUAUUGACCUCACUCAGUCCCGUCUCAGGCUAGAAUCCAAAUAAAUUCAUCUCACACCAAAAAAGUUUGUUCAGUCUACGUCAGUUUCACGCCAAAUAAACCUUGGAAGCUUGCAACCUUGAAAACCUAACUCAGCUAGCUUGUAAUUAUACUGUCCAAUGUACAUUAUGCACAAUAUGUGUCUUUAUCAUGUCGCCAAAAACAUUGUAUUAGAUUACACAUACUCCACAUUCAAACGCAUAGAAAACAAUACGGGCUGAGCAGUAUUUCAGCAAAACUAAAAUGUGUCAUUGUUUUUUUGUUAUUCUUUUGGUUAUGUUAGCGGUCAUCUCCGAUAUCACAAUAAAUAAGAGUAUGCAGUCAUAUUUGUUUAAAAUGUUGUAA